AUAAUAAUAAUAUUUCCACUUUUUCCUGUCAAUGUGCAAUUCACACUCCAACCUGUGAAAGGCAGCAAUACGUAACAAAGCAAUUCUGCUGGAAACUCACACGAAGAAGUAAACGGAAGUGAAUAAGAACAAUUUCCACGUUAGCAUUUUUUAUUUAAUGUUAAAAUAUGACUAAUUUACAUUCACAGCGCCACAUACUUAACCAAUCUAGUGUUUAAUUCACGUUGGAGACAGAUAGCAUCUAUCAACCAAGUCCUAUGUAUGUAACGCAGACUAACUAGCUGCUAACAAUGGCUAAUUGUGUGGUUUUUCACACUCAAAUAGCCUCCAUCAUGGAGGUUCUAGCGAAUGCAGCCGUGGCAGAGAUCUGUAAACUCGUAGACGACGACUAUGCAGUGUUUCGUUUGGAAAUAACUCAAAGCCAGAAAGAAAACAGGGCAUUACGGAGGAAACUACUGGAACUGAAGGUGGCACGGGAGCGCGUCCUCGCCAGUCGUCCCAGUAGUAGCAAAAUCCUCGACCGAUACAGAGGAAUGGCAAGAGGUGAAGGACAUCUCACUGGAGGCCACAGGGGCUUUGUGAAGCCAGUGGAACACAAUACAUGGAGAGAUGACCAACCAAUCACUGUUGAUGAGGGGAGUGGAACCUCCAACGAGCACGUUAUCAUGAUAGAGUUUGCAGAUGCAGAGGCUGCAGUUCCUGGGGUCAAGCAGGAGACGUCUGAAGGAGAGGAGGACCCACGGCACAGCAGAGACAUCCAGACUGGAGCGACAGGAGCACCCCCUGUAGCUAUGGCAAACCCCACCAUUGUGCAGCCCAGGACCAGAAUCAGCAUCACGGAGGUCAAUGGAACGCUGAACGGCGUCCUCAAGUCAGAGACCGACACAGAGACUUUAACUGUAACACAAAGGCUUUUACACACAGGAUCUGACCACAGAUCAGACUAUGAGAAACUAGGGCCACUGGGCCGUCCUCCUGCUCUCGGCUCAAAGUAUUUACUGUACGGUAACCUAAGCCCGAGGACAAUUCAAUCCCAUCAGGACUCAGGUGAUGUGUUAGAGACUGGCAAUGAUCCAUCUUGUUCUUACACUACAGAGAUGGACCCUGACAACAUGCCCUUGGGUUUAGAGACACAGACGGAUCUGUCUAGAGGGGACUGGAACCGGUACAGUAGUAGUGUAUAUUCUGAAGGGUGCCUAGAUAAGAAAGGUGAGGGUUUAGUUUUAGAUGAGGUGACUGUGAAAGUGGAGGGCGACGUUCCUCCCACAUGGAAUGCAGAUAUUCACUUAGGAGACGGACACUCACAGGGCAGAGAUUUCUUAGAUUACAGGGGAAGCUUAAAGACUAAUCCAAAUGUUGCAACCCACUCUCCUUUAAACAAGCUCCAGGAUCAUAACCCAGUGUCCACAUCUAUGGGACCUUCAGAUUCACACGGCCGCAUCCUUUUCGAUCAGGUGUUGAACUCAAACGACAGUGCUAGAGUCCAGGCUCAGGGUGGGCGAGCCACAUCGGGCAAUAUUAAAGAGAAACGGUUCCUCUGCAUGUUCUGUAAAAAAGGCUUCAGCUGCCUCCAGAAGGUGGAGAUCCACCAGAGGGUCCACACAGGGGAGAAACCCUUCAGCUGUACCCAGUGUCAUAUGUGCUUCGCCCAGGCUUGUGACCUGAAGAGGCACCAGAGGGUCCACACAGGGGAGAAACCCUUCGGCUGUACCCAGUGUCACAUGCGCUUUGCUGAGGCUGGCAACCUGAAGCGGCACCAGAGGGUCCACACAGGGUUGAAACCCUUCAGCUGUACCGAGUGUCAUAUGCGCUUCGCCCAGGCUGGUGACCUGAAGAGGCACCAAAGGGUCCACACGGGAGAGAGGCCAUUCGCCUGUAAUCACUGCGGGAAGAGGUUCUCUGAGAGGAGAUACCUAAGGAUACACCAGCAGAAACACCAUUCCACUCUAUAACAUAAAAGUAACCAUUCCACUCGAUAGCUACCUGGCUAGCUAAGUAAACAACAGCUGAAACGAUCUAGCUAGCUGUAAAGUUUACAUGUAUUCCAACUAGCUGGCUACUAGACGACCAAUAUAGCAUUUGGGCCUAAAGCUUUUUGUAGGGACCCAAGGAAAGCAAUUCUUGCCUGUAUCAGUGAUGGACACUAGUUAUAAUGUAUGUAGACCAAUACUUUUAUAGCUAACUACUAAUACAACAGCCUCAUUUAUUGCACAUUGUUUUGAUAAACUGGUUAGAAUAUGGUCAAAUCAUAAUCUGUACCAAAUGGAUUUCCUAUCAAUUAGGGCUGGGCGAUUAUAUCAAAUUAAUUUGAUUAAUUCGAAUGAAUGUUUUUGCGCGAUAUUCCAAAUGCCUGUAUCGCAGAAUCGAGUUUUGUAUUUUCCGAUUUUAUGAGCGUUUUAGUAUGCUUGUUCGCAUGUUGUCUUUUUAAUCUCGUUCGCUUCUUCUGUGCUGUGCACAUUACCAUUUACACCAGUGAUCUGUAUAUAAUGACGAGAUGCUCAUGUCAACGCCCUAACAAUGGGAGUCUUUGUCCCAAAGGAGGGAAUGCAGGGGGAUAAGUUUAGGUUCAAAAUAAGCUCAUAGAAACCCAUUGGGCUUAUUUUGGAUAGAUUAUGGUGAUAGUGAAACCUCGACCUUUGCCUCUUUCUCCCAAGCCCCUCCCCUACCACGCAACAAUAAAGAAGAGGUCACUUCUUCCUUUCUGACGAAUAGAUUCAAUUCGCUAUUUGCAUUUGGUCCAACAAACGGUCAUAUGGACAUCGCAACACACAGAGACUUUGUUUUACUGUAAUAGAGAAGGUAACCUUUUGAACCCUGUUUAUGUUUCAGCUGCUCAAAUUGUGAGCAGAGUAAAGCACUGCUAAAACGGAUGCACCAAUGAACAUUCAUUCUGGAAAAUGUAUGCUCAGUUUGUCGUGCACAUAUUACGGUACCACGUACCGCUAGCAGCAUUUUUGUCAAAUAAAGAUUGUUAUACUA